CUCACAGGAGUCCUAGAUGAUUGUUUGUGUGACAUAGAAAGCAUCGAUGACUUCAAUACUUUCAAGAUCUUCCCUAAAAUACAGAAACUGCAAGAACGUGAUUACUUCAGAUAUUACAAGGUCAACCUGAAGAGACCAUGCCCAUUUUGGGCUGAUGAUGGCCAUUGUUCUAUCAAAGAUUGUCAUGUAGAGCCUUGUCCUGAGAGCAAAAUACCUGUCGGAAUUAAGGCUGGGAGCUCUAAUAAGUACUCAAAAGCAGCAAAUAAUUCCAAAGAAUUGGAAGACUGUGAGCAAGCUAACAAACUGGGAGCAGUUAACAGUACCUUAAGUAACCAAAGUAAGGAGGCUUUCAUUGACUGGGCAAGAUACGAUGAUUCACAGGAUCAUUUUUGUGAGCUUGAUGAUGAGAGAUCUCCAGAUGCACAGUAUGUGGAUUUGCUGCUGAAUCCAGAACGUUACACUGGAUACAAGGGGCCCUCUGCUUGGAGAGUGUGGAACAGCAUCUACGAAGAAAACUGCUUCAAGCCCCGAUCUGUCUACCGUCCUUUAAAUCCACUGGCACCUAGCAGGGGAGGAGAUGAUGGAGAAUCUUUCUACACAUGGCUAGAAGGUCUUUGCCUUGAGAAAAGAGUGUUUUAUAAACUCAUUUCUGGACUUCAUGCUAGCAUCAACUUGCAUCUGUGUGCAAAUUAUCUUCUUGAAGAAACGUGGGGGAAGCCUUGCUGGGGACCAAAUGUGAAAGAGUUUACUCGCCGCUUUGACCCUGUUGAAACAAAAGGAGAAGGACCAAGGAGGCUCAAAAAUUUGUAUUUCUUGUAUUUGAUAGAGCUGCGUGCUUUGUCAAAGGUUGCACCAUACUUUGAGCGUUCAGUUGUUGACCUUUACACUGGAAAUGGCCAUGAGGAUGCUGAAUCUAAAGCUCUCUUACUAGAUAUCUUCAGGGACACCAAGUCCUUCCACAUGCACUUUGAUGAAAAGUCCAUGUUUGCUGGAGAUAAAAAAGGAGCCAAGUCAUUAAAGGAAGAAUUCAGGUUGCAUUUCAAGAACAUAUCCCGCAUAAUGGAUUGUGUUGGAUGUGACAAAUGCAGGCUGUGGGGCAAACUACAGACUCAAGGCUUAGGAACUGCUCUGAAAAUCUUGUUUUCUGAGAAGGAAAUAAAGAGCCUUCCUGAGAAUAGCCCAUCAAAAGGUUUUCAACUCACACGUCAAGAAAUAGUUGCUCUUGUAAAUGCCUUUGGAAGGCUUUCCACAAGUAUAAAAGAGCUGCAGAAUUUUAAAGUUUUAUUACAACAAACAAGGUAAUGAAGGCCUUUGCACAACUCAUUAGUGAAGACCAUUUACAUGACUGCAUUGAGCAGAAGGAACCGAUCCUUACAGGACUCAUAUGAACUGAAAAAAGUAAAAACAAAUACCAACUUGAAUAUUUAUGUUUAAGCUACGAAUGGUUAUUAAUUAGAAAAGAUAUUUAUGAAUGAAAUAUAUGGUUUUUAAAUGUGUAAAUUAUGCUGAUCUGUUUAUUUUUAAGUUCUCUGCUCACAGUCUGUUGUACUGAAACUUCAUAAUUGUUCUUUAUUUCCUUGUCUUUCUGAGGCAGUUGUUUUAUAUGAAAAUAUACAUUACCUCUCCCCUGACUUGGCCGGUUCUGAGAGAGGGUGUUUGCCUCUCUCCAGUGCUGAGCUUCAGUGUAUUCUGAGGAUGGGGUUGUGCUGAUUCUGGCUGUCU